ACAUGAGUAUGACGCUGUUUCUCUGGUGAGACACCCUUCCUGUAAAGCCCUAAAACCACUUUCAGACCAAAGCUUCGCUCUGCUUCAAUGGCGCAACACGUGCUCAGCACGUGCGAACAACCUCUUAGCAGCCUCUCAGCAAACCUCCCCGAGGAACCUCUCUCUACCAAAACCCUAGCUUCCUUCAUAUCCCUCAUCAUCGUACCCUCCACUCCCGAAGCCACGAUUUCCUCAAUCUUCGAAACCUUAACUCGUUCUCUCCAACUCAGUCGCGACCCAGUCGUCCUUCACCAAACCCUAAAGCUCCUCUCCGACAUCGCAUCCCACCGCCCUAACCUCUCUCGCCUCGUCUCCGACUCGGUCCGCACCCACUCGCCCCUCUCUUCUGAGUCGACCCGCCUCGCCGCUGAGUCGCUCGACGUGCUCGCCUCGAUAGCGGAACGCGACGGAACCCUAGUGGAGCUCGACGACCGGUCAUUCGUCUCUUUGUGCUUCGGUCCCUCCGUGUCUAUACGGUCAUGGCUUCUCAGAAACGCCGAGCGGUUUAGCAUUGGGCCGUACGUGUUGCUCACUCUGUUUCUAGGGUUUACCAAGGAUCCAUACCCGUACGUGAGGAAGAUCUCUCUGGAUGGACUCGUUGGAUUGAGCAAGGCCGGUGAUAUCGAGGACCCUGGUAUGAUUCAGGGCUGUUAUUGCCGUGCCGUUGAGCUUCUUCGUGACAUGGAAGAUUGCGUAAGAUCUGCUGCGGUUCGCGCUGUGAGUGCAUGGGGUCUGAUCCUCGUAGCAUCCAACCCAGAGGCAAAACUGCAUUGGUCGGAUGACUUAUUCGUCAAGCUCUGUUCUAUGGGAAGAGAUAUGAGCAUGGAGGUCCGAGUUGAAGCUUUUGAUGCCCUUGGGAAGAUACAAAUGGUGUCUGAGCAUAUUCUUUUACAAACCUUAUCUAAGAGAGUGCUAGGGAUCACAAAGGAGAUGAGAUCUCUUGGUCAGUGCCCUGCUGAACAAUUUGAAAUAUUGGCAUCGAGUAUGGCUGGAGUUUUAGUGCAUGGGCUUGAGGAUGAAUUCUAUGAGGUUAGAAAGUCUGCCUGUCAUUCCUUCCGGACACUCACCAUCAUCUCUGCAGAGUUCGCUGGGAAAGCAUUAGAUUUGUUGAUGGAUGUACUAAAUGACGAUUCAAUUUUUGUCCGAUUACAAGCUUUGGAGACUAUGCUGUAUAUGGCAACCUUUGGCCAUCUAAAGGUCCAAGGAACACACAUGCAUAUGUUUCUUGGCACUCUAACGGACAGUAAUAUGAUCAUCAGAUCUUCUACGCGGAAAAUACUUAAAUUAGUGAAGCUGCCAAAUAUAGAGUUAUUUAGAUUAUUUGUUGAUGGCCUCAUUGAAAGUUUGGAAAAACAUCCACAGGAUGAAGCUGGCAUAUUCUCUGCUUUGUUUCACAUUGGCCGUAAUCAUGGGAAAUUUGUGGUGUCCAUCAUCAACAAGGUGUCUGAGGAGGUAGAGCCGGCUUCUGAAGGCAAGCUGGGCUUUGAUAGUGCAAGAGUGGCUGCAUUGCUAGUUUUGGCCAUUUCAGCUCCUCUCUCACAUAAGCAGCUUGCUUGCAGUAUUCCACCUAGAAUAUUUUCUUAUGCAGUUACAUUGUUGGGAAGGAUCUCUGCUGCUUUGACUGAUGUUAUGAGUCAAGAUGCUCUUUUGACGUACUUGACUCGAUGCAGUAGAUCGACAAGAUUCUCUGCAACGGAGUUUAAUUUCAGAGAGGCGGACCCAGGCUUGCAUGUAAUUGAUAUUCCAAAUAGCACUAGCGAUGAGAUCAAUGAUACUGUUGGGACACCAUUGCAGCAAGAAGAAGAGCAUGGGACCUCCAAACUUCAGUCUUGGACAAUGAUGGAGACAAUGGAAGUAGCAGCUCCGCUUGUAGGAUACCAGCUGGAGGCUCAUCAUGAAGUAAUGGAGGCAAUGAAUCUUAUCCUUUCAAAGGUCAAAGUUAUUUGGCCAUUAAUACUAUCAGGAUUUACGAAUGAAGUACUAAGGACUCUAAGGAGUUUUAAGGAAGAGUUGGCAGCAUUCACCUCUGAGUCACUUGGAUCUGGUGGCGCUGUAGCAUUUACAUUGCAGUAUCUCCGGGUAAUGAAACAGCUUGCAAAGGUUUGGGAACACUUUCUGCCUGCAAAAAAGCUUUGUUCUUCUGGAAUCGGAGAAUUGGACCUUGUGUUGGGAAAACUAGACAUUGGGCUUAGAGAACUGAGGAGAAGGUUUACAGGUUUGUCUUUGGAACAAGAGUUGCAAAUCUUGGAGCUCAUACUUCUGAGUUGUACUCUCAGGUUGUGUAAAGUUGAAAUCUGCUGCCAUUUUGCUUCUUUGAAAAAGCUAUCUGCUACACUGUCAGAUGUAGAUUCCAUCCUCAAAUCAGGAUAUAUUGAGCCAUCCAAUUUCGUUAGUGAAGUUGGAAAAUUGUUGUGCCUAAUUGGAACCUCUGGCAGUGGAACUUCUUGCAGUCCAUUUCUGUUUAAGGAAUUGCUUAAACAUUUCUCCCUUAAGCAGUUUGUGCUUUGUGGAAGACUCGAUCAGGUUAGGGCAGAACUGGUUGUUCCUGAUAAUGACUCUGAAAAUCCUCUUCAUUUUGUUUCACGACUACCUGUUGGUAUACCAUGCAAGAUUACUCUUCAUAAUAUACCGAGCGAGAAUAAGUUGUGGCUGAGAAUGACUACGGAUGAUGAAUCAACUCAGUUUGUCUUUUUGGAUUUGAACCUCUUUGGUAGCAGUGCUGAGGUCAGAGAAUUUACAUAUGUCGUGCCCUUUUACAGAACCCCAAAUGCAAUUUCUUUCGCAUUGAGGGUCUGUCUAGGUAUGGAAUGUUUUUUUGAGGAUGUUUCAUGUGUCAAAAGAUAUGGAGGUCCAGAACGUGAGCUAACAUACCUUUGCCAAGAAAAGGAAGUUUAUCUGUCCAUGAUUAUUUAAGACUGAAUUGUUUGUUUUAGUGUAUUAUGGCAGUUCAAAACAUUACUCUUUAUCUUUACAUAUAAGAUAUCUGCUAUCGGAUAAUCAAGAGUAAUGUUAUUUAGUAGAUUGCUAUAUGACUGCCAUACAACUGAGAUGAUGUGACAUUAAAAAUCAACCAUUAGUUUUUUUUUUUUACAAGUGCUGAUCCAAGGACUAAGUUUCAGUACCACAUUGUCGAAUUGUAUGGCAAUCGUAUAACAAUUUACUAAAUAGCAUUCCUCAAGAAUCAAUGGAUUGAAUGAUUGUAAACCCUAGAAGUAUUUCACUCAUAUGGAAGGCCAUGGAAAAUGGCACUCAUCAGCCUGAAGGCUCUAGACCUGCUUUAUAUGCUAGUCUUGAAUAAGUGUGGACUUAUUUUUAAGUUAUGGAGGUAGGUACAUUGAUUUCAAGUACAAGAGUAUGGCUGAUGUUUGAAAGAAGGAGAUAGAGAACCAGCUCAUUUCUGCUCCUCCAACAUUUUACCAAAGAAUGCCUUAUGGUUACCACUCUGUUCUUUCAAGUUGUUUGCGUGGCAAUUUCAUCAAAGUUUGCUGACUUGGAAGCUUUUGAAUUGAAUAUUUAUAUAUUCUGUUUAUCUUUUCUAAAGCACGUUACAAGUAUGAAGAAUGAGCUGAUAGCUUUUGAGAAGAUGAAGACGGAAGAACUGUCUCUUCCUUCGAUGUUCCAAAAUCUUCUUUAGUAUCUAAUCCCUUUAAAGAUGCCUGUCUCUGCAUUUUUGUUGAAUAUGGUAUGUUUUGACCCCUCAAAUUUGUUUACUUAUUUUUUUCUCCUUUAUGUGCUAGGUUGGAUUGUUGUGAAGGGAUAAAGCAGCCGGAGUGGCUAUACUCGUGCAGAGUUCACUUGCAGCUUAUUCCCAAAUAAAAGCUAGUUGCUUAUAAAAGAGGGCCUGUUAAAAGCAUGGAAAGGUAUCAAGAAAGAAAGCACAGUAAAGAGGCUAAUAAGAGCUACUCAGGAUUGAAAAAGAAUCUCCUUUAUUUCCAGCAGUCCGAAGCUUAUAAGCAGGAAUCGACCAUUUAUGAGCAGCAUUCCUGCAAGGAAGGGAAGCUUGACUACAAAGAUGCUUACGGGAGUACUUUAUUUGGGCUGCUAAGUGGAAGUUGAAUUAGAAGCUGACUAUCUCAGUUUCAUUCUCUUAAAAGUUUACUCUGCUUCCCUUCCAUAUUUUUCUGACAACUUGAUAAAUUUUAUUUUCUUUUUUUUGUAUUAGUAUGUCGUAAAACCAGGGAAAAAAAAAAAUUAGAAAAAUGUUGCACAUAGAUUGGUUAACUUGAGAUAAUUUGAAUUGCUCCAAGACUCGCAGAGCCUUCAUAUUUGAAGCUGCUCUUGAUGGCUGUAAAGCCCAUUACAAGACUGUCAACAACUUCGGCUUAAUCUAUUAAAUUGAUGUUUAUCUUUAGAAUA